AUGACCGAGGGAAAUCCACCGUCUGCGGCCCCGAGCGCAAAGUCCAAGAAGAACAAGAAGAAGGCCGCAAAAGUCAAGAGUGAAUCCAAGACCGAUGAGCACCCAGAAGAUGCGCCAGCAGAUCUCGAUGACCUCGUUAACGAGCCCCAUGAUACCAAUGCGAACCUCACACAAGAACCACAACCCAACGGCACUGGACCUAAACCAAUAGAUGAUAGUCUCGCAGACCAGUCUGCCAAUACCGAGGACCCCGUUACCACCACCGACGCUCCCUCAGGCACCGAUGCUCUGACUAACCCCGCCUCCGAUGGCACUGAGCCAAAGGAUCGAUUCGAUGCACUCGUUCGAGAUCGCGACUCCUUACGCGCCGAAGUGGCCGAUAUGCGGAAAUCAUUGGAAGAGAUACAGUCCAAACACACUGCGGAUAUGGAGGCCCUGCAGCAUAAAUUGGACGACUCCGAGAGCAAAAAGGAGCAAGCAGAAACGCAGUUCCAAAAGCUCCUGGAAAGAGUCAACACCAUCAAGUCGCAACUAGGGGAGCGGCUCAAGGAGGAUGCUGAGGAAUUGGCCCUCGCGCGAUCGCAGAUCGAAGACCUCGAAGACGAGAACAAUAACUUGAAGGACCAGCUCGACUCAAAGUCUACCCAGCUGUUAGAGCUGUCAAGUGACUCCGCCGAAAAGGAUAAAGAGCUGUCCACUCUCCGGGACCGGACGAACCUAUCCCAACAAAAUUGGUUGAAGGAGAAGGAGGAAUUGCUCGAGCAGGAGUCAUACCUCCAAUCAGAGUUCGAACAAGCCAAGGAGGCUAUGCACAAUUGGGAGGUUCUUGCCAUGGAGGAGCGAUCUAUCCGGGAAAAUUUGAACGAAAAAGUUGGCGACUUGGAGGAGCAGCUCAGUAGCCUGAGAGAUGCCUACGAACGAGCCACCGAUGAACGUGACACUCAACGAUCCACGGUUGACGGCCUACAACGAGCUCUACAGGAGAUUCAGCUGGCACGAAAGCAAGAGCUACGGGAACUUGUUGAGAGUUCUGAUGCUCAGCUCGAGGACCUUAGACGUUCUCUGCGGGAGGCACAGAAGCAGGCCGCAGAUGCGGAAAAUGGUCUUCGAAGUGCCCAGGAAGAGAUCGAGCGAGUCCGGCCAUUCGAGAAAGAAGUCAAGGAGAAGAAUCUUCUCAUUGGAAAACUGCGACAUGAGGCAGUCACGCUGAAUGAUCAUUUGACUAAAGCCCUACGCUUCCUCAAGAAAGGGAAGCCGGAGGACAAUGUUGACAGACAUAUCGUCACCAAUCAUCUGCUGCACUUCCUUGCUUUAGACCGCUCUGAUCCUAAGAAAUUCCAAAUAUUGCAACUUAUCGCUGCACUAUUAGGCUGGAAUGAUGAGCAACGCGAACAAGCAGGUCUUGCUCGCCCAGGAACCUCGAGUAUGCCUGGGAAAUUGCGUAUCCCAGGCAUCCCUCUCCGGACUCCGAGCACGCCAAACCUGGCGACGGAGUUCAUGGACAACGGCGCCUCCAGCAAAGAGACGCUCGCCGAAUUAUGGUCCAAUUUCUUGGAACAAGAGGCAGAGCGGCCAUUUGGGCCGCAUCGGAUCGACAUUUCGUUCCUUUGUAUGCCUCAUUUCACCUCCUAUCUCCGUACAUUCUCAGCGUCCUCCAGGCCACUUCUUCGUGGCAUCCACUCUUUUACAAUGGCACCUGCUGCUUUCCGACCAAUCGUGAUCUCCGGGCCCAGCGGGACUGGAAAGAGUACUCUACUCAAGCGACUGUUUGAAGAGUACCCUGAUACAUUUGGCUUUUCUAUCUCGGAAACCACGCGAUCCCCUCGCCCUGGAGAGCAGGAUGGCCGUGAAUAUAACUUCGUCACCAAAGAGGCAUUCCUUGAUCUAGUGGCCAAGAAUGGGUUUAUUGAACAUGCUCAAUUCGGGGGCAACUUCUACGGCACAUCGGUACAGGCUGUCAAGAACAUCGCCGAAAAGAAGCGAAUUUGCAUCCUGGACAUUGAAAUGGAAGGAGUCAAGCAGGUUAAGCGGACGGAUCUCCAAGCGCGAUUCUUGUUCCUCGCGCCCCCUUCGCUAGAGGUACUGGAGCAGCGUCUUCGUGGACGUGGCACUGAGACUGAAGAAUCCCUGCAGAAAAGACUGGCCCAAGCUCGGAAUGAGCUGGAGUACGCUAAGCAGCCCGGUGCUCAUGACAAGAUUGUUGUCAAUGAUGACCUGGAGAAGGCCUAUAUUGAGCUGCGGGAUUGGGUUGUCGAUGGCGGCAAAUUCGGCGCUACACAAUAG